GGUCUGCCGUUCUUCAGUAAUCACACUAGCUACAUCGCACUCCUAGCGCAGUUUGUUACAAUCGUGCUCCUCGCAAAGCAACAAAGUUUGAGGUUGUGUAUUUUUCGGUAUACUCAGAAAAAAAUCUGUGCGGAAAAAUGGCUCUACAUGUUCCGAAAGCACCCGGUUUCGCUUCUAUGCUGAAGGAAGGCGCUCGUGCAUAUUCCGGAUUGGAAGAAGCAGUUUAUCGUAACAUUAAUGCAUGCAAGGAGUUUGCGUCAUCGGUCCGUUCAGCGUAUGGCCCGAACGGUAUGAACAAGAUGAUCAUUAAUCACAUUGAGAAGCAGUUUGUUACUUCCGAUGCUGGGACUAUCAUGCGGGAGCUUGAUGUUGAGCAUCCGGCAGCAAAGCUGAUGAUUCAGGCUAGUCAGAUGCAAGAAGCGGAGGUGGGUGAUGGUACAAACUUUGUGGUGAUUUUCUGCGGAGCGUUGUUGGCGGAAGCGGAAGAAUUAUGCCGGUUGGGAGUGACCACCAGUGAUAUAACGGAGGGGUACGAAAAAGCACUGGAUAAGGCAUUGGAAAUUCUACCGAAACUGGUCUGCUACCAGAUUAACGACUAUCGAAAUCAGGAACAGGUGAAAGAAGCGAUCAAAGCUUCCAUCAUGUCCAAGCAGUUGGGAUAUGAAGAAUUUAUUUCUGAUUUGAUAGCUAAGGCCUGUGUCUCAAUUCUACCGGAAAAGACUACGUUCAAUGUGGAUAAUGUACGCGUCUGUAAAAUACUAGGUAGUGGGCUACACACUUCGGAGGUUGUUCACGGCAUGGUCUUCAAACGGUUUGUAGAAGGGGAAGUGAGUUCGGCCACUAAUGCUAAGAUUGCACUGUAUUCCUGCCCGGUUGAUAUUAUCCAGACAGAAACUAAAGGCACUGUUCUGAUUAAAAGCGCAGAAGAGCUGAAAAAUUUCAGCAAGGGAGAAGAGAAUCUUCUAGAAUCCCAGAUCAAGGCGAUUGCGGACACCGGAGCAAAGGUAAUCGUUGCCGGAGCAAAAUUCGGGGAUAUGGCACUACACUAUAUGAACAAAUACGGUUUGAUGGCAGUUCGUCUGAACUCCAAAUUCGAUUUGCGUCGUCUUAGUAAAGCGGUCAACGGAACCGUCUUACCUCGUCUGACUCCACCGAGUUCAGAAGAGCUUGGAUUCUGCGACAACGUUUUUGUAAACGAACUUGGUGAUACGUCAGUUUGUAUAUUUAAAUCUGAAGGCGCCGACAGUCGCAUCGCUACUAUUGUAAUUCGUGGUUCUACCGAUAAUUAUAUGGAUGAUAUCGAACGCGCCAUUGACGAUGGAGUCAACACGUUCAAAGGUCUAACUCGUGAUGGUCGAUUCUUACCGGGUGCGGGUGCUGUUGAAAUUGAACUCGCUCAGCAACUAGCUGAAUACGCUGAUACUCUGCCAGGGUUGGACCAAUAUGCGGUUCGUAAGUUCGCCAGCGCCUUAGAAGCUUUUCCUAAAGCUUUGGCAGAAAACACCGGUAUUAAUGCAACGGAAGUAGUCAAUAAGCUGUAUCUUGCCCACAAGGAAGGCAAGAAAAAUGAAGGGUUUGAUAUCGAUGCCGAGCAACCCUCGACGAUUGACGUUACGGGAACCAAAAUCUUCGAUUUGUUCCAGACAAAAUACUGGAGCUUAAAGUACGCUGUCGGAGCUGCCUGCACGAUUUUGAAGGUUGAUCAGAUUAUCAUGGCAAAACGAGCUGGAGGACCGAAACCACGGCAGGGAGGAGCCAACAGUGAUGACGAGUCAUAAACUGUUACUGGGUCAUCGAACUAACACACUAAUAUUAACCAAUAUGAUUAGCGUUGCAGGGCACGAAUCAUUCUUAUCCUGUGUUUCCGUUUUUAAGUAAUGUUUCGAAAUAUCAUUUAAAUCGCACAGAACUACAUGCUUCAUUUCACGCUAAAUCUGCAUCAGCUGUUUAAUAUAAAAUUCAUCCAAACUACCAGACACUAUGAAA